AUGGCCUCGAUCCAGCUGCCUCCCCUGCAGUUUGACGACGGCGGGUUUCGCAUCUCCCUCAUCACCGGUCACACCCCCACCAACACCACCACCGCCGCCGCAGCUGCAUCCGAAGCCGAUCGCGUCUCAGAUGCUGCCCAGUCAGAGCACACGAUACCGGCCGCACCAGAGGCAGCACCACCGCCAUUCCCAACCGAUGCUCCCACCUCGCCACUGGAGACAAGACACAUCCCCGCUGCUCUCACUCCCGGGCCUCCUCGUACCGCAGCAGCAGCAGCAGCAGCAGCAGCAGCAGCUUCUGCUGCUGCUGCUCCUCACAACGUCCUUACCCAACAACCACAGCGGCAGAAGCAGCAGCCUGCCUCCGAAGAGGCCACCUCCUUCCUGGCCGACAUGACCCCCGACACCGACGAACCGAUACUCCAGCAGCAGCAGCAGCAGCAGCUGGAACUCCUGACGCCCACACAACGACCCCCAAUGUCACCUACCAAGACCGAACACGAAGACUACGACCGACGCCACAACCUGUACACUACAUCUCCUCCCCCCCCGACGCAGCAGACCCCAACUGAACCUGAGACUCUGCCGCUCGAGAGUGGGGAGGGCCACGGCCGCCACGGCCGCCACGGCCGCCACGACCGCCACGACCGCAGCUACCUGACCGAUCCGCUCACCCGAGCCGCAGCAGAGCAGCAGCACAGGGAGGAGGAGGAGGAGGAGGAGGAGGACGACGACGACGACGACGACAGCGGACGGCGAGCACCCCUGCCUGUGCAGCAAGACGAGGACGAGCCGGCAAGUCGCGACCCCCACGACGAGACCACCAGCGAGUCGCACCAGGCUGAGCUCAUGCAGGAGAUUGCGUUCAAGCUGGCACCGGACACUCGGGCCGGCCCCGACUCCUCUGAGCCCUCCCAUUCCGACACCCUGACCCGGUCCCAAUUCUCGGUCCCAUCCCCGUCCCCGUCCUCGUCCUCGUCCCCGUCUCGACCAAGGACGACUGCAGACCACGAUACUUCGAGGCAGACCGAAAUCGACGUCAAGCCCUACGGCCACGAUGGUGAUGCCGUCACCACCCCCGUCAUGCCCCAGCUCGCCAACCCCGACUCAGCAUCUGGCUCCAUCUUCUUCACGCCCGGACGCGGCACCGACGUCGAUCGUGCCUCUUCGCUGUCCGAGGACCGGCAGCCGCGGUGGCGGGAGCCUGAGCCUGAGCCUGAGCCUGAGCCUGAGCCCGCGGAGGAAUCCGCCCCGCCGGAACCCGAGGUAGUCUUCAAGCUCGAUGUCGACGACUCCGACAUUCACAUACGUCACAGCAUCCGCGACAGCAUCGCCAGCAGCAUCACCCACAACAGCUACUUCUACGACGACCAAGAAUCCUUCCGGGAGACGCCGCCGCCCGUGGUGGUGCCCAACCACCCGAUCGAAUCUCUCAAGGACGCCUUUGCCGAGUCCCUCAAGGAGGCCACCCACGGCACCAUCGAGAAGCCCAAGCUGAGGGAGCUGGACGCCGCCGGCCGCAGGGAGCGCCUGCUGAGCCAGGGCAAGGACGAGCCGGCCCUGGACUCGCUGUGGCGCUACAGGCCCGGCCAGAGGGAGCACGAGGUGCUCAAGCUCGUCGCCCAGAUCUCGUUCGGUGUCUACCUGCUGCUGAACAGCAUGGCCAACGACAACGCCCAGGUCGUCGCCAUCCUGCAGGGCCACAUCAACGAGAUGGACGAGUUCCUCGAGGUCACGCUCGACGACAUGACGUGCACCACGGCGGACCUGACGGACCGUCUGAACCACCUCAGGCUGCCCAUGUCCAACAUGCGAGUCUUCGAGGACAUGCUCGAGGACCGCAACUACCGCGCCGAGAUCCUCGACGGGAACGAGAAGCUCGACCACGUCCUGUCGCGCACCGACGCCGCCAUGAAGCAGUGGGACGACGACGUCGACGCCGGGCUCCAGGCCACCACAGCCUUCACCGACUGGCUCAACUCGCUGCGCGACGCGCCCUGGCGCCGCGAGCGGCCCGACCUCGUCGACAUCUUCGACGCCAUGAAGGGCAACGCCGACGGCUGGCUGGCCGCCUUUGACGACAUCAACGCCAAGUCGCAGGACAUGAACAGCCUCGUCAUCAACCUCGUCACCAUCACCGCCGAGAUGGAGAAGAAGGCUGGCGAGAUCAGCCGCAAGACGUGGUCGACCAUCCCGCCCUUCAGCUCGCCCACGUCGUCCGUCACCCACGGCAGCAGGAGGGACACGUCCAUCUCGUCGCCGCACUCGCUCUGGUCGUCGUCCCAGCCCACCCGGUCCAUCAACGGCUCCGCCUCCAGGCAGCCGUCGGCCUACUCUGACGCCGAGACGGAUCACCACUACGGCGGCAGCGUCAGGGGACCGGGGUCCGAGUACUACCCCCCCCCGACGUCCUCGACCCCUUCGCCUCCCAUCCCCAUGAUGCCCCCGCCUCGGGCCUCGAACCGGCCGUCGCCGUCGUCGAGGAGGACGUCGGCCGGCGGUAUGGACGGGCCGAAGCUGCGCGUCGAGACGACGACGAUGCCGUCACCCGUCCACGAGGCCACGGCCGAGGAGGAGAGCGAGGACAGCCCGCUGUACACGCUGCAGCCGCGCACGUACACGCCCAAGACACCCCAGCCGUCACCGCUGGCCAUGCACGCCCCGUCGCCCUCCUCGCUCUCCCCCCCGGCCAGCCCGCCGUUCGUCUCCGGCCCGUGGCCGCAGCCGCAGUCGCUGCGCGACCGCGUAUCCCAGAGAUCCACCCCCCCUCCCGCCCUGAUGACGGACACGCGCGCCUCGGCGUCGGCGCCGGAGCGCAACCCGGCACGCACGGCGUCGCCCGCGGUCCGGACCGCGCCCCGCAUGAACAGCAGCCACAGCAACACCCUCUCGGUUCGAGAGUCGUUGAGCGGCACCGGAAGCGGCAGCCUCCUCGUGCGCGACUCGGCGGGGAGCACAGGUCUGCCGUUCCGCGACUCGGGCGGAAGCAGCGGACUCCCGUUCCGCGACAGCUCCGGGUCGGACGCCGACUCGCUGACGCCGCACAGCGCCAUGGCGGCCGCCCACCGCAUGCCCCGCGUAGGCUCCCACGCCGACCUGGGCCAGCACGUGGUGCGGCCGUCGAUGCUGCCGUCGCACAGCUCGGACUACCAGCACUACCACCCGGUGCUGGCGUCGCCGCACUCGCCUCUCCAGCAGCGACCGCACACGGCCGCCGGCGUCGGCCCCAUGGGCGGCCAACCGCACUCCCGCGCCCCGUCGGGCUACUUCAGCCCCCAGGCCCCCACCGGAGGCGGGCACCACGGCUACGGUUACGGCUACGGUCAGCACCGUCCGCCGAGCCACCUUCCCAGCAUGACGACGCUCAACUCGACGGGCACGGCGGUGCGGACGACGACGCCGGGCGGCAGGAGCUCCUCGGGCGUCGGCGGCGGUGCGCCGAGCGCCAAGUCCAGCGGCAGCCGGACGCUCAAGAAGAAGAAGAGCGCGUUCGGAUGGCUCAAGAAGGCUUUCACCAUGGACGACGACGAGAGGGCCGCCUUCGAGGCCCGCAAGGCAGCGCAGUACAGCGAUAACUACUACAAGGAUCAGGAUCCAAAGUUUCUUGACGGGAAGAGAAUCCGCUGA